CAUGCAAAUUUGCAUGCAGCCUUUUGUGCUGUGGAGGAUAAAUAGGUGACUGCUUCACCUAUUUAGUUCACAAGAAACAAAAUGCAGAAGAGGUUCACCACUCAGAAGGCAUUGGAACUGAUUCUGAGCAAUGUCAGCCCUUGUGACUCAGAUGGAGAAGACAUAGACCUUCAACCGGAUUCGGACUCAGAGCUGUCUUCAGAUGAGGAGACUCUCCCUCUACCAAAAAAGAGAGCUCGGUUGGGGAGUGAGAUGGAUCGCACUGAAUUCACCACUCAGGUGUUUUCAACCACUGGUGCCACGCUGACAGUGUAUGCGCCCAAACGGAAGAAGGCCGUUUACGUUCUCAGCAGCAUGCACAGCGUGGUUGAGACUGAGGAUACCACCAAAAGGAAGCCAAACACGGUCACACAAUACAACAAAACAAAGUGCGGUGUGGAUGUGAUGGACCAAAUGGUGCGGGAGUACAGCGUGCGUGCAGGAACACGGAGAUGGCCAGUUGCCGUGUUCUACAACAUGAUUGACAUGGCAGCACUGAAUGCACAUGUGCUUUAUCAGGCAUGCAUUGGGGUGCAGGAGAGACGGGUGGACUUCCUGGUUGAGCUUGCAAAAGAGUUGGGUAACUCUCAUGUGAGUGAGAAGAAGGCACACAAGGAGAAACUGCUUCGGCAACAACCUUCCACACCCAGCCCAGGCAAAAGGGCGAAGUGUCAGGUCAACCAUCGAUGCACGAACAAUUGUGCAACUGUGAGAUGUGUUGACUGCUACAAAUACACAUGUGGCAAAUGUACCAGGGACAUACCCUGGCAGUGCCAGGUAUGUUCCGACAGUGCAGACAGACUGCUGAGUGAGUGCUAAAAUGCCAGUCACACAAAGACAUGCCACUCACACACACACAC